AUGUCAGGCCAUUUGAGUUCGAUCCUUUCGAAGAACAAACAUAAUGGGAAUGUGGAAGAUAUUCUCGAGUUCAAGAGUCAAACUCAUAAUCGCUCCCUUGCCCCCAAACUCGCUGCAUUACGUGACGAUGGUCGCUUAUGUGAUGUGACUUUGAUAGCCAAGGGACUCCGUAUAAACGCCCAUCGAGUCAUACUCGCUGCGAACUCGGAUUACUUCAGAGCCAUGUUCACAAGUGAAAUGAUCGAAUCUCGGCAGCAAGAAAUAGAAAUGGUCGAUAUCGAAGGGGCAGCGCUUGAUGCUCUGAUUAGUUUCUGCUAUUGUGGUAAGGUACGGAUCAGCGACGUCAACAUUCCUAGCACUCUCCACGCUGCUUGUCUGCUCCAGUUAGACGAAAUCAAGGUUUUCUAUGUUCAAGAUCUCGAUAGUUAG